AUGGCGCCUUCUGCAGCAGCACUCCAGGAAGAAGACUUCGCACGCGACCACGCGUUCAGUCAGGCACUGCACGGCAAGACAACCUCAGCACGAACGCGCAAAGACCAUGAUGCGCAAAAGUUCGCCAUGGACGAGUACUUUAAGCACUGGGACAAUAAGCUCAACGCCGACGACGAGACGGAUGAUGUUCGCAAAAGCCGUCGUGACGAGUACGCCACGUUGACUCAACAAUACUACAAUCUAGUCACGGACAUCUAUGAGUAUGGCUGGGGACACAGCUUCCACUUCUGUCGCUUCAGAAAGGGCGAGUCGUUUAGCCAGGCCAUGGCUCGUCACGAGCACUAUCUCGCGUUGAAGAUGGGAAUCCAGGAGGGGUCACAGGUAUUGGAUGUCGGGUGCGGCGUAGGCGGGCCAGCAAGAGAAAUUGCCACAUUCUCCGGGGCCAACAUCACUGGGUUAAACAACAAUGACUACCAAAUCGAGCGCGCGAUCCAUUACGCCAAGAAAGAAGGCAUGGACAAGCAGUUAUCGUUCGUCAAGGGCGAUUUUAUGCACAUAUCGUUCCCCAGCAACAGCUUCGACGCCGUCUAUUCUAUUGAAGCGACAGUUCACGCGCCCAGCCUUCAGGGGGUGUAUAGCGAGAUCUUUCGUGUGCUCAAACCCGGCGGUGUCUUCGGCGUUUACGAAUGGCUUAUGACAGACGCCUACGAUAAUGCCAACCCUACCCACCGCCAAAUCCGACUCGAUAUCGAGCAGGGCGAUGGGAUUGCUAAUAUGGAGAAGAUCGAAGUUGCUCUCGCAGCCGUUAAGGCCGCUGGCUUCGAACUUGAGCUACAUGAGAAUCUCGCUGAGCGAACCGACGACGCACCUUGGUACAAGCUGAUUUCGGGAGAUCUGAAGCUCAUGAAAAGCAUCUGGGACAUCCCUACGCUCGCUCGCAUGACAUAUCCUGGCCGCUUUAUGAUGCGUCGCUUUUUGGGUACCCUGGAAACUGUUGGGAUAGCGCCGAAAGGGACGCUAAAGGUCGCCGAAAGCCUUGUUGUGGCUGCCGAUGCACUCGUCGCAGGCGCACAGCAGAAGUUAUUCACGCCCAUGUACUUGAUAGUCGCCCGCAAGCCCAAGGCUAAGAUACUGGAUUCGUGUUCAUAG